AUGGGUGAAGUGCGCGAAAAACAUCAGUUUCUCAUCAAUGGACUCACUCGUCUCUUCGCUCUAUUUAUCAAAGCGCAUUAUAUCGCCCCUACUGAUGUCCUGUAUCCAACUCAGGACGUUGAUGUCGGACGCCUCGAGAGACUCGGGUUCGAACCCGAAGUGAUUGAUCUCGUCCAACUCCUGCCAGCCAUUAAAAAUGAACCAGUCUGGGGAUAUAACGAUGAAGGAAUAGAAAUGAUUCCUCGUGCCAAGCUAGUUAACUAUCUGAAACAGUGCGAAGCAGAUAUGGCUCAUGACAUGUUAGAGACCCUGCGAUGGGUCGACCAUACAGAUGAGGAUACGCAGGGGGUUUUUCCUCCGUCUAUCCUUCGACUGACAUUCCCUGGUUUUUAUGGAGUAAAUGUGCUAUAUGAUGUCCAUGACCAGACUGUAAUGGAAUGGUGCCAUCUGAACCAAAAGCAAUGGCAGGACUGCCCCCGCCGGCCAUAUGAAGACUUCUUCUCAAAGAUCUUUGAGAAAUUCCGCACUCUCGAAUACGUUCCUUUUUAUGAUCUGGAUGACGGAGCGGAAGUCCCUAUACGCAAAGUCAAGGAGAAUCCUAUACUAUUCCAGAAUAUUUGGCCCGGCGGUAUUCGCCUUCCUACUGAUCCUCAGGCUGCUGUUCAGCAAUGUGGGGAGAAACAUGAUGGCCGGGAUGGCAUACGCCGUGAUAUUAACGAAUGGAGGGCACUACAGAAGCUCUAUCGCGACGCGGGCUGGGAGACUGAAUUCAACGGAGAGCUAUUUGAGGAUAGACGAAGGAAACUGUUACAAACAAUAGACGAUCUCCAGGGCCAAUCCAGUGAAUGGAGCAUGAUUCCACCGGAUAGACGAACGGAGGAUCAGCGAAUCGCUGAGCAGGAGUUUCGUCAACGUCGGGAGGCAUUUUGGGCUGAAAGUGCUGGAGAGUACUAUGUUUAA